CGAAGCUCGGGGGGGGUGGGGCGCCGAGCGCGCGGGGUGGGGGGGGUCCUGGUCUUUGGCUUCUCGACUCGGUCCUGUCUCGACAGCGAACAUGUCUCGGCCUGUCAGAAAUAGGAAGGUCGUUGACUAUUCACAGUUUCAAGAGUCUGAUGAUGCAGAUGAAGAUUAUGGAAGAGAUUCAGGCCCUCCUGCUAAGAAAAUUCGGUCAUCUCCCCGAGAAGCUAAAAAUAAGAGGCGAUCUGGAAAGAAUUCACAGGAAGAUAGUGAGGACUCAGAGGAAAAAGAUGUGAAGACCAAGAAGGAUGAUUCUCAUUCAGCAGAGGACAGUGAAGAUGAAAAAGAAGAUCACAAAAAUGUGCGCCAGCAGCGGCAGGCAGCAUCAAAAGCAGCUUCUAAACAGAGAGAGAUGCUCAUGGAAGACGUGGGCAGUGAGGAAGAGCCAGAGGAGGAAGACGAGGCGCCAUUCCAGGAGAAAGAUUCCGGCAGCGAUGAGGAUUUCCUAAUGGAAGACGAUGAUGACAGUGACUACGGCAGUUCAAAAAAGAAAAACAAAAAGAUGGUUAAGAAGUCCAAACCUGAGAGAAAAGAAAAGAAAAUGCCUAAACCCAGACUAAAGGCCACAGUGACACCAAGUCCAGUGAAAGGCAAAGGGAAAGUGGGUCGCCCCACAGCUUCCAAGGCAUCAAAGGAAAAGACUCCCUCUCCCAAAGAAGAAGAUGAGGAGCCGGAAAGCCCCCCAGAGAAGAAGACGUCUGCAAGCCCCCCGCCCGAGAAGUCUGGGGACGAAGGGUCGGAAGACGAAGCCCAGUCUGGGGAGGAUUAAAAGUGCUGACGGUGUGGGAGAGAUUUUACUAAAAAAGAUAAAAAGAGGGGAAAAAAAGAGAACCUACUUAAGAUAGAACAUGGUUUUGGCUAUGGCUUGACUCAUGGGCUUUCAGUGCUUUUCUCCAUUUGUUGACAGUAACAUUGUCUCUCUCUCUCUCCCUCUCUCCCUCUCUCUCUCUCAGAAAACCAUUGUAUGUUUAAGUUACCUUUUGGGCCGUCGGUUUUCUCUUUGCCACCCUGCCCCCUUUCCCAAUGAAAGCCAUGUCAAAUUAAUCACUGGAUUGACUGCUUCAUCUUUUUAUUUUGAAAGGAAGGUUUACCACAGUUGUAAAGCAAUAAGAUUUGAGAUAAACACUAUGGAAACUGCUUUUUUCUAAAUGAUCUGAAGUUGAACGUAAGCCAAAAAAAAAAGUAGAAAGAUUUUAGUUAAAAAUGAUGGACUUUUAAAAAAAUCAGUUGUCAUCUAAUCUCGAAUUUGUAUGUCUAUAUAAACAGGUAUAAUUGUCUUUAAAAUCAUGACUUUACAUGUCCCCUGAUGAGGCAGGUAGCAGAUAGAGAUGAAUUCUGAAUUGUUUCUAAAAGUACUCCUAUUUUUUACCUUGGGGGGAGGGUGGGGAGUGGGCUUACCUGACUUUAUUCAAGGGUGUGGGUUUUCUUUUUUAUUUCAUCGCUAGUUAUCUCAGAGAGACUCGGAGCCAGUGAUCUUUUAUCUCGCUGUAGUCUUUAAGGAGCUUAAAUUAAAAAAUCAGGGGCCGCCAAAACUGAAAUCACUUGAUUUCAUAUUUCAUUCUCCAAUGGUUCAUGUUUUAAAAAUAUAUAUGUAUGUAUGUAUGUAUCCUGUUUUUUUGGAUAAAAUUUUAACCAAGAAUCAAAAGAAAACCCCACCCUAGAAUUUAAAUGGAAAAUAAAUCUAUACAUCACAAUGGAUUUCUUCUCAGACUGACAAUGUUUAGGUUUUAAGCAAAUAAAAUUCCAGUUAAUGUGAAACUCAGUCACAAAUGAGAUUUUUCCUUUAGGAAAACAACAAAUUAUUUUAAGCUGUUAAAUGUAUACUCAGAUUCCGUGAGAACCAGGCUUUGUUUUUAUUGGAGAAUAGACCAUUUCCCUUUUCAUACCCCGAUCUUACCAUUUCUCUAUAGCUAGAAACAUCAUAGGAAGUACAUCUCUCCGCUUCCUGCUGCUACGUAGUACCCUGCACAGCCUCCCCAGUGCCUCCCAGCUCCAGCACAGGACACUGCUUUCCUGGCUCUGUUCUUCACCUGCUUCCCGUCCUUUCCUCGAUGGGAGUGUGUUAAACACUGCUUCCUUACUACUCAGUUUGCUCUUGUCUUUCUAGUUGGUCCAACCCCUGCUUACUUGCUCAUGUUACUUAAAGCAGGAGACUGGGACUCGCCAGGACUAGAGAAGCCGUGCGUUUUAGGAGCCAACGUGCAGUUGAUAACACACUUUACAUGCCUUAUGAAAGCGGUCAGGGGAUCUGUGGGUUUAAUCCUCCACAUCCUAAUACCAUGAGCAGAUGGAAGCAAGGUUUAGGGGUCCGAGUAUGCUAAUGAGUUGAAAAAUUAGUGAAGUUUAGCUUCUGCCUUUUUCUUUCUCUUUUCAUCUAGAUUUGCUUCCUCAGUGUCCUACUUGUGUGGUUUUCUUUCUGUCUUUUAAGUGACAGUGCAUUUUUCUCAGACAACAUGGCUUUCUUGCAGGUUUUCCUAGGACAAAAGAUUAUUAAUUCUGGAAUAUUUUGACCCUGGUUUUAAGAUGCUUUGAGAAACAUUCUUACUCUUGAUUUUUUUAAAAAACACCAUGUGGCAGUGUAAAAGGAUAAGUAGGGAGUUUUUAGUCACAUGGCCAAAAACACAGGAUGUGAACAUAGGAUGUGGGACUGUUACCUUUCAUGAUGGUUCAGUUUACAGUGGUGGACUUUGUAAUGAGGUUGUUGAAGAUUAUUCUGUUUGCUCUAGUGGGUUUGUCAGGGUUUCUGUUUUUAGCAGAUCUGUGUUCACAGAGUUUAAAAGCCUACCAAUGUUUCCACCGUGGGCUUCUUUUUUUUAGGGGCUGAUAAUUUUGUCUUACAUUCCUAGUAACAUUUGGGCUUUUGUUAGGUUCUAGUGUAUGAAGAUUAAAGGCGAGGGCUCUUUUAAAACUUCAGCCUCAAUUUUUGUUUGUUUUGUGUAACAGCCUCUUUAAGGUGUAACCUGCUCUGACAUCUGUUGUCGUAUGCGUACAUAUGCAGAGGUAAUCGGAUCUUCUAGGUUACUGGUAUGCAUUGGGUUAGUCUUCUUUUUAGGACCCCUUUACAAAUUAAUUCAUUAGAUGGAAGGAUGUGUUCUGUUUGUAGUAGGCUGGACAGAAGGCUCUGUGUGUCCGUUCUCCCCUCCCCCCCAAGUAAGAAGGCUCUGAAGGCUUUGGUUUCCUCCACAGUUUAUUGAUGAUCUCACAUCUUGUCUUCCCCCUCAAAUCUUGCAUGCAAAUUGGAAGGCAGUUGUGACUCAACUGGAAACAGGUGCUCGGCCGUCAGGCGUGACAGUGACAGUGACAUGAGAGCAUGCUGUAGCUGAAAGCCCGCAGUGACCGGCCUUGGGCACCCCCCUCGACUGAACGUCCUCGUUUUUCCUAGUGUGCCUAUGGUGAAAUGGCAGUAGCAUUCACUGUCUUAUUUUGCAGUGCUCAGGAAGUGGGACAUUAAUUUUGAAGGUGCUUGUUUGUGUUAUCUGAGUUCCCUAGGUUGACUCUGUGCAAAGAUCUCGGCAGCUGUGCUGACUGACACUACGUAGAUUGUGGUUUCCACGUCCCCAACCCCUCCGGAGGUGGGCGGCUCUGUCUUCGUCCUCACGUUGCUGCUGCUGCUAGCUCUCCUCACCUCAGAUCAGAACUGAUGGAGUGUGGGCCCAAAGGAUAUGUCUUCAUUUCCGGCAUGGUGGAUUUGUCUUGCUUUCUCAGACAUGUUCCCUCUUUAUGUAUCCACUGUGUCUUGAUUUCAUAAAGGAAAAUGAUGGGUUUGUCAUCCUUUAGGGAAGAGAUGAAGAGUAGUAGUCGAGUUCCCUUGAAAGAGCUUUGAUAGUGAUUUUUUCCACAAUAACUGAUUGGCCCCAGCUCAGCCUCAAACUCAAUACUUAAUUCUUGGGACUGGUUCAUAUAGCAUUUUCUUACAGAAACCAAAUCAGGAGUGAAAUUUUAAGUUUAUAAUCACUCUUGAGAAUUGAGGAUCAGCCGAAUGGAGAACUUUAUUUUUCUUUCUUAAAUCCGUGAACUUUCAAGCAACUAGUGGGUUGUACUGAGUGGGUUGUAACUGAGUUGUAGAAAGCAAGAGUAGAAUUUGGCCCCAAGAGCAAACGGGGAAGCUUCAUGAAAGAUCACGGCCACCACUGCUGGCGCAGAGGGCGGGGCUCGUCGCUGGCUUCCCCAGAGGCUGCGCUGAGAACAGAGUGGGACGAAGAUGCCUCUGCGGUGGGCGUCAUCGUGUUUAGACUGAGCUACUUAAAUGCUAGGACAAGUAAUACGCUUUUCCUGCCAAGGGACAGGCAAAAUCAGAGAAGCUGGUUCCUGAGGUUAGAGAAUUGUCUCUGUGGGUGGACCUGUGUCUACUUGAAGAGUGGGUUCCUUGAGUAUUGCAACUCCAGGCUGUUACAGCUCAGUUUCAGGCUCAGUCUUUUCCUUUUGUCUGAGAUAAACUCGAUACAACGUGAUGCUGUUUUAAUCCCAAAUCUGUACGUUACACUUGUUUUCACAGCCUAAUUCACAAUUCACAGUGGUGCUGACUGUGUAAUAACCACUAUUGGGAAAAAUCCCGUCAACCUGCCUGUUGCCAUGCCAACGGAGUGACUGAACUGGUGACAUCUGUGUGAGCAUGCUUCGUGUGGCUGGUAGAAUGCCACCGUGGUGCAUACACUUUGUACAUCAGGGUGAAGGGAGGGUUUUCUAGAUUCUGGGGGGAGGGUAAAAUUGGGAUGCUUUUGUUCCUUUUUUGAUGGGGUGUGGGUACAGUACUCAGUUUAUGCCCUAAAAUACUAUGUAUAAAACCCCCUGAAGUAUCGUGUGGGUGUGUGUGUGGGUGUGUGUGUUUGUAUACGUUUGGCAGUUAAACCUUUGUCUUCUGGAAAUUAGUGAAUUCCUUCCUUUUUUUCCUCCAGAAGUAUUUGUUACAAGAUUUGUAAAUAAGAGCUCUACUUAGUUUGUUUACCAUGAACGUGUUGCAGCAAACCUUACCCAGUUCCGUAAGAUGUAAGGAGACUCAGACUUGCCAGGUUAAGCAGCAGCCAAGUUCGCAGUAAUGUUCGCCUUGCUUCAUCUUUUAGACUUUUCAUUUUGUCCGCUAUAAAACUCCCAGUCUUCCUUGAUGUUCGUCCUUGAUCUCUCGUGUUCUGAGCAGGAAGGGUAAAAGAGAGGAAGAGGAACCCGCGGAAGUGUGUUAAGGAAUCCCUGGGCCGAGACCGACACAGCAUCCCUUUCUUCAUACUGCAGUGUUGCUAGAUCCAUGAUCAGACACCAGAGGGUUGGGCAUUCUUGCAAUACCUUAACAGUGCUGAGAUCUGCAGCAUGGUACUAAGGAAGUUGAAGUUUGAAUGUAACCACUUUAUUUAAAAGUUCUUUUCCUUUAAUUUAAAUGAAAUGGGAUUGAAGUGAACAUGAUUUUGUUGACCAUGUUCGUGAAUUAUAGAUGCAACAUGCAUUGGUAGAAUCGUGUGAUGGUCUUUUGUGAUACUUAAUUUUUACAUAUCCCAGUCUCUGUAGGUAUCUGCAUAGACAAAGAAAAAACAAACUCCUGCUUUGCUUUUAUUGAAGGGUUUCCAGGACUGCGUGUCGCUCCUGAGCUCUGUUUUAAGUAUGUGUAUCCUUUGCUUGUAUUUUGUAUUAAAAAAUAAGAAAAAGAAGCCUUUACUGUUGAGCAUGUUGGCAUUGUCCCCUUUAUUUUUUUCUCUCUUGGGGACAUUUUGAAGCAAGUUAUUCUUUCUGUUCUUUUUUCCUUUUGUAAACUUUUUUUUGUUUUGUUUAAAAAUGGCUUUAUAAAAGGGCUUUUACAACCCAGA